AGAGUAUUCCAUCCUUCCCUCUAACUCGUGGUAAGGUAGUUCACACGAGCCGGUACCCAGCCACCAAGUUAAAGUCAUGGCCACCUUACGUGUACUCUUGGUUCUUCCACUGUUCGUCGCCCUCAGAGUCGAGGCUACUGGUAAAUGUAAUCAAGACAUCAUCAAUAAGAUUUUAGCUCAAAACAACUGUCCGACCGGAGUUCUCCAAAAGCUUCACGACCUGGGAGUGUUCACCCAAGCCGCUCUGCCCGCUGUUGAGGUCCCAAGUGUGGUUCAGUGUUGGGACGGUGCAAUUGAUGCUCCUACAGGCUCAUCCGCCAGCUCUUACGCUAGAAUAUUUUUCAAGGAUGGAUCUGUCAAGACAGUAGAGUACACAACCCAGGAGCAGACUUGUGGCCAGAUUACCGACACAUACGAAGGCUCGUCCUACAACAUUUACUUCCUGAACGUCAGUGAGUACGGUGCUUGCUACUAUCGCUGCAGCGACAAUAUUGAAACAGCCGGUGAAGACUUCGGUGGAUGUCUGGUGCCAAUAAGCGCGGCUCAGGACCCCGCAGCUCAGGCCGCCAUAGCAACGUGCAAGCAGUCUCUGGCUGACGUGGGAGUCACCACCCAACUCCAGGAUCUCCAGCUCUGCACUCAGUAGACUCCAGCCACUGGUUUGUGCUCAUCGUAGAUUCAGCGCAGAGAUUAUUUCUAAUUAAUGUACAAUUUUCGUUGAAAUAUACUGGUGUAAACUACAGAAUACU